GAAUGAAAUAUGGAGAAUGAAGACGCAUCAUCAUCAGCUAGGCCAUUGAUUAGUUUCCCUCUUGGUUUGGCUCUUCUUUUAUUCAUAUUAUGUAGUAUGACUGGAUUUUUCACCUGUUGCUUUUUCCGGGACAAAGUUAGAUCACUGGUUAGAUUCAGGGAUGAUGAUAACGCUGAUGAAAUCCAAACCAAUUUCGACCAUUUACGACCACAGAAAUCUUCACCUCUUCGCAGGAUAUCAAAGCAAAAACAAGCCCAAAGUCUGCUAGUAUCGAUGCCAGGAGAUGAGAUUCCGAAGUUCGUGGCUCUGGCAUGUCCAUGUAAGCCUUCUAUUGUGGAGAAGCUAACGGUGACGGUGCUCGAUGAGACUCCUACUUAGUUUUUGUACAGUGUAAAUGUGUAAUUAAUAAUCAAUGAAAUGGUAUAAACAUUAACAUCUCAUAAAUCACUUGUAUAUUCUCAAUAUUAACUCUGCUUAAAACAACAUGUUCAAUUGAAGAUGGUUCGAUUCUUGCACAUACUAUAGCUAAUUAGCUACCAAUUAGUAUAAAAGUUAGUCGGAUUUGCAUCAAAGUUUUGUUUAAAAGCUUCUCUCUCUCUCUCUCUCUCUUGAUUUUGUUUAUUUCCCCUUCUACUUUUCCUUGUCCUCGUCCUUAA